AUGGCUCGCGCACGGCGGGCAGGAGCGCGUCAACACGACACGAGACACAAGUGGACGGCCAAAACAUCUCGAGACGCAUUGCUGGAGGCAGGAAUGGGAUGAGAUUCUGAGAAUGCGAUCAGGAGAAUUCGUAGACGAGAUAUUUCACAGAGACGCAACAGUGAGGUAGGUGCGCGUCAGGUUUGCUAUUGCUGAACUGCCCGGUGACUGGAGAGAGGCGGUAGGUAGGUAGGCGACUGGAAGCUCGAGAAACACCUGCAAAGACUGAGAACUAUUUAUUUUUCAUUUAUUGUGAACAGCAUAAAGAAUGAUACAUCUUAAACAUUCUGGAAAGGAAAAUAGUUUUCAAGUGUCAUAAAUUAUUAAGGGAGUAAUCAAAACAUUAAAAUACAUAAGCAAGAGGAUAUAACAAUACAGUAGAGAUUAAAGUUCAUUUUAAAGGGUCAACAUGGAUUUUUACAGAAGAACGCCGUCCCUGUACUUCCAGUGUGGAUUUUGAUCCAUAAUGGCCAACCUUGCUCUAUAGAAACAUUAAAACUCCUUUACAACUCAUGAUCUGGAAUGGACCACCACCAAGAUUUAACCCCCAUCAUUCAAAUGCAUUUAAGUGCCCGAGACAGGGCUUGCUUAGUGGGCACAGUGGAUCAUUGAAGGUGUCCCCAAUGAAGGUGUCCUCCUGGUGGGAAAGCCUGGCACGGCUUGGCCUGCUCGCUAUCUUCACGUGGAGCUCCCUGGUCCAGGGGUGCGGGCCAGGCCCUGGGUACGGCAACCGCCCUAGGCCCAGGAAACUCACCCCCAUGCCUUACAAGACCUCCUUCCCCAAACUUUCAGAGAACAACCUAGGUGCCAGCGGGAGGGUGGAGGGCAAGAUCACACGUAACUCAGAACGCUUUAAUGAACUGGUGUGUAACUACAACACCGAUAUUAUCUUCAAAGAUGAGGAGAAAACCCUUGCUGACCGCUUCAUGACCAAGCGCUGUAAAGACUGCCUCAACAAACUAGCCAUAGCGGUGAUGAACCACUGGCCUGGGACGAAGCUGAGGGUGACAGAGGCCUGGGAUGAGGACGGCCAUCACCCCCCUGACUCUCUUCAUUAUGAGGGACGGGCUGUGGACAUCACCACGUCAGACCGCAUCCCAGACAAGUACGGCAUGCUUGCCCAGCUGGCUGUGGAGGCUGGCUUUGACUUUGUGUACUAUGAGUCCAAGUACCAUGUGCACUGCUCUGUCAAAGCUGAUCACUCUGUGGCGGUGGAGAAGGGGGGCUGUUUCCCAGGCUGGGCCCGGGUGACCUUGGCCGGAGGGGGACAGAAGACCCUGGCCUCCCUGGGGCCUGGAGACAGAGUGUUGGCCCUGUCUGGGUCAGGACACAUCGUCCUCAGCCGCGUCCUUCUAUUCCUACACCAAGACCAUGAGAGCAGGUCCACUUUCCUGGUCCUGGCCACAAAAGAUGGCCGCCGCCUAGCCCUCACUCCCCACCACCUGGUCUUCCUCGCACCCCAUCACAAACUCCACUACAGUGAGUACAAGGCUCAGUUUGCCAGUAGAGCCAAACCGGGGGACUAUGUACUCGUCCAUGGAGCGGACGGCCGAGUACAACCAUCCAGGAUCGCAUCUGUAUCGCAGGAGGAAGGGAUGGGUGUAUACGCACCCCUGACUGAACACGGCACUCUGUUUGUGGAUGGGGUGCUCGCAUCCAGCUAUGCACUUAUAGAGGACCAUAGACUGGCACACUGGGCGUUUGGGCCUCUGAGACUGCUGCUGUCAUUCACCCAGCUGGUUAGGGGGGAGGGCACACUGGGAGCGCAGGUCACAGAGGCAGAGAGAGAGCACACGAAGAAGCCCACUCACUGCAACACUCAACACAUUUGUGUGAAUCAGACACUCAGCAGCCCAGGCGUGUAUGUGAAUACAAACACUUCAGACAGACAAAGCAGUUGGGCUGCUGUACCCAUAAACAGAGACAUUGAGGGGGGACACUGUGACUCUGUGCGAGAAAAGGUUUUGAGUGUGCACUGGUAUGCUAGGCUGCUACACAGGCUUGGACAGUUCUUUCUAGACCCAAAGACAUUUCAUCAUUAGGCUAAAGGCACUAUAGGUUCAACUCUGGUGCCUGUAUACUACUGAUAAUUGCUACUGUACUGUUACAUUUCCACAGUGUCCUACUGAUAAUUGCUACUGUACUGUUACAUUUCCACAGUGUCCUAUAGAUAAUUGCUACUGUACUGUAACAUUUCCACAGUGUCCUACAGAUAAUUGCUACUGUACUGUUACAUUUCCACAGUGUCCUACUGAUAAUUGCUACUGUACUGUAACAUUUCCACAGUGUCCUACAGAUAAUUGCUACUGUAACAUUUCCACAGUGUCCUACAGAUAAUUGCUACUGUACUGUUACAUGUCCACAGUGUCCUAUAGAUAGAGGGCGGCAGGUAGCCUAGUGGUUAGGGAGUUGGGCCAGUAACCGAAAGGUUGCUAGAUUGUAUCCCCGAGCU